UGGACGGGCGCAAGGCUUCCAACUAUAUAUUUCAGAAGAAACGAUAGUUCGCGGGAGAUAUUCGAACAAGCCGAGAAGGACCUGGGCGAUGUUUAUCUACCUCGUCGCAUCGCCUUUUUUGUGCAAGCAGUGACGCACAACCCAUAUACAGAGCGUAUUCGGCGACUGAACCUUUCUGUGCCCAAAUUAUGGGCUUGAAGCGGUAAAAAGUGUACAAUUCCGGCGCGGGAAAUGGUGUUUUUUUUUUUUCAAGGUCGCGUUUGUUAGCAUGCACGAGCUAUGCGAAGCGCGGUUACGCUUUUGUUUUUCUGUUCGCGGUGGACAACAUGAAAUGCCGUCUAUUGCUGAUAUCUGAAGGCGAUGCGCAUUAAUAUUCGAGCUGUAAAAUUCCAAAUGACACCUUGCGUGCAAGCAUUGCAAUACCAUAUACCGCGGUGUGCGUUGAAAUUUCAUAAAGGCGUCUGCUAGUCCAAAGGAACAUGUAUUUUGUCUUAAUGUCACAGACGCUACGCGGUACUUUCAGGUGGAGAGCGGUCCGACUGGUCGUUUCCGAGCGCUGUGAUAUCUGAGUGAAAAAAAUUAACACAGCUGUUACAUUUUGAUUUUGUUAGGAUUUGCUUGUCCCGAUAAAGAUUGUAGAUUUGUUAAAGCGGUCGUAAACGGAAGCUUUAGCUCGGGGCUAGCUACGAUUUAGAUUUUCAGAUACUAUGUGUAAAAUCAAGAAAUGCUUUUAGCUCAUCCACGCCGAACCCCAGACCACAACGCUCUGUCAUCUCGGAUUUCUCUGUUCAACGUUAUGGCAGAUCACUGCUUCGCGAAACUGUUUGCGCAAACUUAAUUUCUCGAAAAACUUAUUUACGAUACUCCAUCGUGCGAAUCUUGAGCGCACUGUUUAGGGUUUUUUGGAUUCGUGAUUUAAUGCGGCGGCGCCGAGCCUCUCCUCGGGCAGCUCGUUUAGCGGCAGCGGCAGACGAAGCGUUUCCACCGGUUGCGUCGUUCAUUGUCGAGCUCCGCGUGACGUCAUGGUGGCGAACAACCGGCGUCUGUACUCCAACUGCACGACGCGACCGGCGCGGCGCGUCUUGACGCCGUCGGGCGCGUUGCAGCGUUGCUGGCGCGUUUUUCGCCCUCCGCGCCGCGGCGCUAAUGGCCACGUAUCCCAGCAUUCCUCGCGCGGCGCGGAGAGUUCGUUCAAAACGCGCAGUGCGUGACUGUUGCCCCCAGCUCUGUUGUGGAGCAGCUGCUCGAAGGCAACGCAGCCAUCCGUGAGUAUGCGACACCAAGAGAAUGGACUGCCGAGACCGCUUCCCUGGAGGCACGGCUGCUCCAUGGUUCUCGCUUACUAAUGGUGUGCCUAGUGCAUGCGUGAUGGCAAAUGGUGGCACAUGUUACGUCGAAGCCACUUACCUGAUUGAAGUUGUGGCCUAGUACGUGCACUAACACGCUGCAUUUUAGGUACUACAUUAGGUGUUCAUAUGUGGCGUUCAGAAGAUUGCCUUAUUGACGCACAUGUGCUUCCCAUUGCGGCUCGUUGUGUCGUACAACAAGUCUAGCCCCGUUUGUAUAACUUCAUGUAUUGCCAAAUGUGCAGCUGGCUGUGCCAGAGACAGUGCCAGAGCAAUCGGCAGGCGAACAUUUUUGAUCGAUUCCUUUCAGAAUGGGGUAGUUUGUGGCUCUUAAAGAAUAUCUUCUUUUUCCUGGCCUCAUUAAUGCAUAUUUAGUGUGUACGCGUCACUUUGAUGAGCUGGGUUUUCACAGUUUUUUGAUGUCACAUGACCGUAAUGAAGUGGCUGCCGCCCGAAAUUUUUUAUCGAAAACGAAUGGCUAUGCACAAAGGGUAAGAUGUGUAAAAUGUUUUCGUUUGAUUCGGCCCAUUACCGCAUAAUCAGUGUGUACACGUCAUAUCGGGUCAUGACGUCAUGGGGCAGACAGGAAACGUGGGCGGGCAACAGUCUCGCAUGCUUUGAGGCAGAAAUGGCCAAGAAGCAGAUUGCGAAACCUUUACGUCAAAUCACCUCUCAUGUUACUCUGCCAUUCUGCAGCACAAUGAGACUGCGUGAAUACAGAUAUUCUGAGGUGUGUCUAAAUAUUUUUAUCAAUCAAUCAACCAAUAUUUAUUUUUGACAAAAUAACAUACAAGAUGGGUAUAAGCACACAUUCGGAGGUCCCGAAGUAACAGCUGUCGGGGGGACCUCCUAACAAGACAUGAAAAGGGUAUAGUAGGAUCGUGGCAAACAGUGAGUCAUGUCAUAUCUUAUACAAUUUCUACAUCGGAAAUAAACGGUAAGAGAGAAAGAGCAUUAUAACCAUCACAACAUCUGCUGGGUGGUGUGAUGCGUGGAAAACUGGCGCAUUAUGUACUGGUCUGCCAGUUAAUGAUUUGAUGACAAGGGAAGUGCUGUUUCAAUGUUUAUUUUCUUAAUUCUUAACGAGGAACUUUUCAAAGUUGCAGACAUCGUGCCAACACCUUAUGGCAGCACUGUAAAUGGCCUUGGCGACAAGAAUGCAGACCUGCUGGACAUCACUCUGCUAUUUGAAAAGGCGAAAGUUAAAGUUGAUUCAGGCGAGUUCCUCGCCAAAGUAGCAGACAUGCUGAAAAAUUCUGGUUUUUGCACCGCUUCAAGUGUCAACAUCGUACGAGCGCGAGUGCCUCUCCUAGAGCUGACGCACACCAGUGGGAUCCCAGUCGACGUGACAGUCAACAGCGCCUCAGCAGUUGACAGCUCACAUUAUUUGAAAUACUACAGCAACCUUGAUGAAAGAGUUGCUCCCCUGGUGCUGUUCAUUAAACGUUGGGCUCACAAAUGCGGUAUAAGAGGAGCCAGAGAAGGAGGCGUGUCGUCUGUCACACUGUGCGUCAUGGCGAUAGCUCACCUGCAGGGAAAUGAUGAACAAGACCACAAGCCGUAAACGACUGACGUGGAAGAGCAGAAACCAGGAAGCAGUUGGAGAACUCUUCCAAGGUUUCAUCAAGCACUUUGCAGCGUACGACUUUAGACGCAGCAUUGUGUCUAUAACACCGACACAGCCCAGAGAUCGGGCAAAGAUUCAGGCAGAUGCAUCCAAGUUGACCACGCCCGAGUACUACGUGGUGGUUCUUGAUGCAGUCACUGGAUGUAAUUUGGCGACUGCCGUGGGAUCGCGGGAGAACUUCAGGAGGCUCACGCGGGCAUUCCGGCAUGGGAGCCAUAACUUGAGCGAGUGAGGCGGCAACUCGCCUGACGUUCGGAUGAAGACGAGUGUGUGACCUCAACAGAGCUGUGUGUGACCUGUGUGUGACCUCAACCUGUGUGUGACCUCAACCUGUGUGUGACCUCAACCUGUGUGUGACCUGUGACCUCAAAAGCACUGCACGGAGAAGGGGUAUGGGGAGAAAAAGAUGGAGAUAGUGACCGGAAGUAAAAAGCGAGUCGCGGCGUGCAUCCGUGUCCACGCGCGAGAACAGAGCGCGCGGCGCCGGCGACUUUCCUUGAUUGCUUGCAGAUGUGGGAGACGGCCGCAUUGAAGUUGACGCGGCAGUCGAUCUGCAGGCCGAGGUAACGGACGCUCUUGCGCCACGGGAGAGGGCAACGGCGCAGAGUCAGCGGUGGCGCUUCGGAACGUGCUCGCGUUCCUCGCGGGUGUACCAGUAGUGCCUCUGUUUUGGUCACCCAGCUGGAGACCGAUGCUCCCCAUGUACUGGUCCACCGCGUCAACUGCAGUCUGGACAAAUGCCAGUCGCAAAGAGGGUGAUGUCGUCAGCGUAGAUUGCCACCCGUACUUCGUGCGACAUCGCUUUUGGGAUGUAGUUCGGAAGUCGCGCGAGGGCAAGAUUAAACAAAAAGGGGCUCAAAACACU